CGUGUCCUACGUCGAUUGCAUUGUGGUCGAAGAUCCAGAUCCCGUUCAUCCUCCACGGUUGGUUUGGUUGAAGUUCUUUUGAUUGGGGUAGUUCCUCAUCAGAUAGCUGGGUGAAUUUUUGGGAGGCAUUGGGAAGGAGGGAAUCAUCUUUUGAAUGGUAAUUGGUUUUCUUGCAGAUUUCCAGGAUUUCCUCUUGGAGAAAAGAUUAUUCGAGUUCAUAGAGCUCCUCAGAAGAUGUUGGGGUACAGGUGGUUGAUGUCAGGUCUCCUCAAGUUUGAGGAGGAUUGGAUUGGUCUCCAUUGAGAAUGAAGAAUUUGUUGAUCUGGGGCUGAGAUAUGUCGACUUCAACACAGACUCUUGCAAUGGAUGGCCUUCCAAAAUUCUCUGUGGUGCUAUCUAGUUUGAUAGGUGCUGCGAAAGAAGCCUACAAUCAGCAUUACUGGAUAUACAGCCCAAAAAGGUUUAUCAGAUAUUGCUUUUUCUUCAAGUUACACUUCAAGGUUGGACAGAUAUAUAUUACUCCCUCCAUCCUGUAGAAUGUAGAUGUUGUCCUGUACUUAAGUGGAACCUAUGCCUUAGAUUAAGCAAUGAAAUUCUUAUUGCAUAGUGUAAGCACAUACUCCCUCCGUCCGCCUAAGAUGUUCUCAUUUUGACUUUUGGUGGUUUUUAAGGAGAGUUGAAAAAAGGUGAAAAUUUACCAUAAUACCCUUAAUGAAAAAUGGGUGGAAUGUAUUAAAUGAGGUGGGUGAGGUGUAAUAAAUAAAGUAAGUGGGGGUAGUUGUGGUAUUUUACUUGUUAAAAAAUGAAAUGAGAAGAUCUAUUGUGGACAAAGAAAAAGGGCUAUUGGGA